GUCCUGUUUCUCUGAGAUCAUCAAUCCUUCUCUAAUUCCUCUCAGAAUAUUUCCCUUUGAUAUCCAUCCAAUGUACACGAAUUGCAAAAACAGACAUGCCUCAAUACUUCAGCUAUAUUCCGUGCUGUUCUUGUUGCUAGAAACAAACUUUGUGGUCCUUACACGUGCCGGUAAACCUCCUUACGUGCCGACCGAGAAGGUAACACUGAACUGCGACUCUUCAGCAGGAGAUAUAUCAUCUGAUGUCCAGAGAAAAAGCCUCAGCUUUGCAGUCAAAGCCAAUAGAGAUGCCUCCCAGGAUCCCGGUACCCCGAAGGAUCCCAAGUCAUCCGCUUGUAUUUACCUCACACCGAUGACCCACCCGUUUUCUGUCUCUCCCGGCCCCAACUUCAUUCGACUUCAUUUUUAUCCAGCCCCCUAUCCCGGUUUAGACAUAUUUGACGCAUUGUUCUCUGUCAGCGUGGGGCCAUACACAUUGUUGCGAACCUCCCAAUCCUCCUAUACGAGUAAUCCUUCAGAUAUAGAGCAUGUGAUUCGAGAAUUCAUUGUGGAGGUGGAUUGCCACGUUCUGAACAUAACAUUUACCCCCUCACCUGAUCAUUCCAAUGCCUAUGCAUUUGUGAACAAGAUUGAGGUCAUGUCGAUGCCUCGAAACCUGUACAUCCGAGAUGUUCGACUUCCACUUAUAGGAAAUCCAUCCCAAUUCUAUGCCUACAAUCGUACAGCACUCGAAACAAUGUACAGGGUUAACAUAGGCGGGCAACCCAUCCCCCCUGAACAUGACACCGGCAUGUUGCGUUCGUGGUCAGGAGAUGAAGGUUUUCUUAUGCCUUCUAGAGCCUCCAUGGCUAUUCACUCAUCCAAGGUCAAAAUAAGUUACAGCCCGGAGGUGCCUGAUUACACUGCACCAGUGACGGUCUACUCCACGGCUAGAACAUUGAUUCCCUACGGUAGUACUACUCCUCAAGGGGAUUUGAGCUGGUCAUUCCCUGUAAGUUCUGGGUUCUGCUACCUCGUCAGGUUUCACUUUUGCGAGAUCACAAGAGGAAUCAUUCAAAAUGAAAGGGUUUUCCAAGUCUAUUUUAAUAAGGCUACUGCAGAAAAUCAAGCAGAUAUCAUGAAGUGGAGCGGUAUGCCAGGACGGCCUGUUUAUAGAGACUAUAUUAUCAAUUCUUCUUUUACUUCAACCUCAUUGAGGGAUACGCCAGAAACAGGAUUAGAGUAUCUGGAGAUCACAAUACAUAGUAAUGCAUCGCCUAGAUUUUACGAUCAGGGAAUCUUGAAUGGGCUGGAAAUUUUCAAAUUACCAGACUCUACUGGUAACUUUGCAGGCCUCUAUCCAUUUGGUUCCAAUACUUCUCAGAGCUCGCUUCACAACAAUCAGACAAUUUUCCGGAUUGUCCUGUUUAUUGUAUGUGGGAUCCCAGCAUUGAUUUCUCUGUGUUUCUGUAUACUUUACAUACCUUCGGGGUGGUUUAGCUUUUUCUCCCGAUUCCGAAAUCAAAGCCCAAAGCCAUGCAGGCCACACUGGGAGAAUGUCAUCUCACUGACAAAGAUCAAGUCGGCAACCAACAACUUCUCCGAUGCUGUUCUCAUUGGAACCGGCGGAUUUGGGAAGGUCUAUAGGGGAUGGUUAGAUGGAGAAGCCAGGGCAGUUGCUAUAAAGCGUGCAGAUUCCUCUUCGCACCAGGGUUUACAUGAGUUUCAAACCGAAAUCUCCUUGCUAUCAAACCUUCGCCAUCACCACCUCGUCUCUCUCAUUGGGUACUGUUUUGAGAAAAAAGAGAUGAUACUCAUCUAUAACUUUAUGGCUCGAGGGACCUUGCGAGAACAUUUGUACAAGACCAAAAAUCCUCCACUUCCAUGGAAGAAAAGACUCAAAAUUUGCAUCGGUGCAGCACGCGGGUUGCACUACCUGCACACAGGUUCAAAGCAGAUUGUCAUCCACCGUGAUGUAAAGAGCAGCAACAUACUGUUGGACAAGAGAUGGGAGGCUAAGGUAUCCGACUUUGGAUUAUCUAAACUUGGGCCUGAUGCAAUGAACCAAUGCGACAUGCAUGUUAGCACCAAAGUAAAAGGAAGCAUAGGAUAUCUUGACCCCGAAUAUUAUCGCUGUCUCAAACUUACAGCUAAGUCUGAUGUGUACUCAUUCGGAGUGGUGUUGUUUGAAGUUCUCUGCGCCAAACCUGCAAUAGUACCUGCACAUGGGAAUGAGGAUGGACCGCAGAGUCUGGCUGAAUGGGCCUUAAAAUGUUAUCAUUCAGGUAUACUUGGUCAGAUCAUGGAUCCAUAUCUACAAGGAAAGAUCGACCCUAGAUGUUUCAAGACAUUCACUGAUGUAGCAGUAAAGUGUUUGGCAGAAACAGGAAGAGAGAGACCAUCAAUGGGAGAUGUUUUAUGGAAUCUAGAGCUAGCUUUGCAGCAGCAGAGCAGGGCGGACGGAGAAAAGCUCUGUGGUCCAGCAAAUAAGGUACUGGCCGGCGAUUCGUCGAUAUUAGCAGCUCAUCAAUUAUAUAACUCCGAUAAGAAUAUCGGGGCAGAAUUUUCUGAAAUUAUCCAUCCAUCUGCUCGAUGAAGGAUCAAUAAGCGAAGCCAGAGAGGUUAUUGUCUGUGUAGCUAUAUCUUUAUGUUCACUGCUGCUCCUUGUAAAACUUAAAUUCAAGUAGAUCCCGUUGUGUAAUUGCUGUAUGGGUCUUCUUCUUCACUUUCGGAUCAAUCUUUGCUCAUCACUCUCCAGAAAUGAAAAAAGUAUAGGCAACUGGCAA